CGAUUUAUCAGUUUCUUUCUGAGUAAAUUUUUACAUUAGGGCCAUGAUCUGCAGAGACGUGAAUUACACCCGUGAUGACUACUUUGUCAUGUUUGUGCGAUGUAUGGGAGCCAGAACGUGGUUCACAAUGGCACUUGCAGCCAUUUUAAGUUCUUCAUUGCAGUCUUCGUCCAGCACCAGAGCCCAAACAUUAAUUCGUUUGAUACUGACUUGCGCCGUCUGCAUCCACAUUGCUCGUGCGUUUAGUUUUAAUGAUGUGGCGAAAUACGUCGACAAACCAUGGUGUUUGAUGGAGUGUUGCCAAGUUGAUUUUGGCUGGAUAAUUCAUACCAAUACCUCAGGCUUGCAAGAAGCUCUCAGUAUGCAGGUAUUUGGUCAGCAUCUAGUGACUGACCAUGUGGUUGGAGCAGUGGACGGUCAUCUCACCAACAAGGACCCGAACAAGCCACUGGUGCUGUCCUUCCACGGCUCGACUGGCACGGGCAAGAACUACGUCGCACGCAUCAUCGCUGAGACCAUCUAUAAAGAGGGGAUGAAUAGCAGAUAUGUCCACCACUUUUCUGCCAAUAAACAUUUCCCCCACAAAAGGAAACUUAAACAGUACCAGAAUUAUUUGAGGAGGUACGUGAAAGCGGCAGUCGCAUGGUGUCCCUUCCGACUCUUCAUCUUUGACGAGGUAGAGGACAUGCCGGAGGGGCUUCUGGAUUCCAUCAGGACCUUCCUGGAUUACAACAUCCACAUUGACGGAGUUGACUUCCGGAAAACCAUCUUCAUUUUCUUAAGUAACAUAGCCGCCCUUGAGAUAAGCCAAAAAACUGCUGAUCACCUGCUGGCCGGGAGAAGCCGGACAGAAAUCACGCUGAAGGAGAUGGAGAAGGUCAUUGAGGUCACUGCUAUUGAUGCCUCAGGUGAGUGCCACAGCAGGAAGGCUGGGACAUACUCAAGGGAUUACAUUGAAUGCGAUGUCAUUGGUCUCCUCAAUCGGGAGAGACUCCUUCCAACCUGGGGUAUGGGGUUCUUCGGUGUCGAACAAUCCCUGAAAUGA